GCUGGUUCCGCCAGAGUGCGUGAGUGCAAGUCGGAUCUGCUGUCCGGGGUCCUGGGCCGAGCUGGCAGCUGGGGAAUGAGGGGUCCUGAGGGGGAACAUGGAGCCUCUCUGAGGCUGGGGGCCGCCCCCCUGGACCCCGGCACCCGAGGCUGAUGACAUGAGCCUGACCCUGUACCUCCUCCUCCUGGGGCCCCUGCGCUGCUCCCUGGCUGUGGCUCAGUGCAAAGAGGAGGAGUAUCCGGUAGGGGCCGAGUGCUGCCCAAAGUGCGGCCCAGGUUUCCGGGUAAAGGAGGCUUGCGGGGAGGUGACCGGCACGCUGUGUGUUCCCUGUGACCCGGGGACCUACACUGCCCACUUCAAUGGCCUGAGUGAGUGUCUGCAGUGCCGCGUGUGUGACCCAGCCUUGGGCCUGUCCACACCUGUCCCUUCCCAGAGCGGGGCCAGUGCCUUUGUAACCCCGUUAGUCGGGCCUUCCAGAACUCAGGGACCCCGUCGGUCAUAUGGACACCGGUGCCUGGGGCCAGCCCUGACGGAGCCACGGGUCCCGGACUGCUUCCCCAGCUCACUGGUCCUGAGGGGCUGGACCUCGUUCACCCGCAGUAUGCAGGUUCUGGGGACCCCCCCAGCCUCCACACCACACCUCUGGGGACCCCUACUCAUGGCUCAGCGCUCCGACCCUCACCUUCUUCCUGCCGGGUGGUCUGGGGUGGAGGGACUCUGGGAGGAAAUUCCGGGAGGCUGGAAUGCAUUCGGGUCCAGCCAGGUGGGGUCAGGGGCUGCGAGCCUUGGGCUCACCCACAGACCCCUGUCUUAUCAGGCUGAGGUUGGGGUGCAGACGGCCCACGGGGCUGCCCCUCAGUGGGGGCUCAGGGGCCCAGCGCUACCCCACCCCCAGUGCCAGCGGCGGGAGGGUGCUGCCAUCUGACUAGCCUGAUUGACUGCCUGAGGGGCGGGGUCUUCAGGUGUGUGUGGGUCGGGCUGGGGCCUGCCCCCUGGGGCUGCCCCACGGCUGACUGUGGUUCCUACUUCCUGUGUGGGCCUCGCAGGGACCAAUCUCUGCUUCACCACCAGGCCAGGCCGGUGCCCCGGUUGGUGCUGGGUUUGGGCUGAGCGGGGCCCACAUGCAGCAGGCUGCACAGCCGGGCUGGGGGCGCCUGGCACCGACCCGUCCCCAGGCAGAGCCCUCAGGCCUGCUGUGCUGUCCAGGCCUCCUCCCGGGACGGGGGCUCCUCCCGGGACGGGGCGCUCAGCACUGCCCACCGCAGCUGCUCUUCGCUCCUCUCUUGGG